UGCGGUGUCCAAAUUUUCUCUAAUACGCCCGGCAUCGCUCGCAAUGUCAAUGCUGACCGCAGUGGAUUUGGGACCCCACGUGUGCUCCGGAGAUUCCACAACAUCAAAUGAAGAGUAAAAGUGCGAUUGCCAUAUAUCCACCUCGCUUGCAUGUGGGACAAGUUGAAAAAGUGAACGCACAGUAGUUUCCAUCAGAGGAUAACAGUCGCGCUCGAAUAUUCCGUGGUGCAUAUACUUACAUGCAACUUUCACUGAAUCAAUUUCGAUGAUCAGAAGAACGCUGAUCGACAGACCGAACAACGAGAAGAAAUAAAAUCGAAACAUGUGUAUCGACCGGUACGGUAUUUUCAAUAUCGUUCGACGAGAAAGUGCAGUGUUUAUUUGUUGUUAUUUAUUACUCAUUACUUUUACCGGGAUUUAUGCACAGAGAUCCAAAGGAAGAAAGAAAGCUGAAACUUUUACGGAUUUAUUCAACACAACGUCCUGUAUUCCCAAACCUUACAAAUGCCCCCACAGACAGAUACAAUUCUUUCUGUAUACCAGACGAACUCAAGAAAACCCAGAACUUCUAGACGUUACCAGAGCAGAAUCUCUCUACAACAGCCAAUUCAACAGAGGUUAUCCGACCAAAAUAGUCAUUCAUGGUUUCGGAGGAGGCAGGAUGUAUGCCCCCAGUACUGACAUGAGGGACGCUUACUUCUACAGGGGAAAUUAUAAUAUCAUCAUCGUCGAUUAUGGGACUCUAGUCAAGGAACCGUGUUUGAAGCAAAUGGAAUGGGCCCCGAGAUUCUGCGCCAAAUGCGUGGCGCAGCUGGUCCACUAUCUGACGCAGCAUCCGAGAGGGGUGCGAGCCGACCAACUCCACGUUAUCGGGUACAGCGUUGGGGCGCAUAUCGGGGGAUUGGUGGCCAAUUAUUUGAGCCCAGUGACGGAUGGGAAACUGGGAAGGAUAACAGGCUUGGACCCAACGAUAUUUUUCUAUCAAGGACAAAACACUUCGCGAGAUCUUGACACUUCCGAUGCUCAUUUCGUGGAUGUCCUACAUACUGGAGCUGGCAUCCUAGGACAAUGGGGCCCGACCGGUCACGCAGACUUCUACAUAAAUGGCGGUUCUAGUCAGCCAGGGUGUAGCAGCGAUACUAUAUUCAAUACAUUAGCCUGUGACCAUACGAAAGUGACGCCAUAUUUUAUAGAAUCUAUAGUUACAAAAACUGGAUUUUGGGCAUACCCUUGUCCCAGUUUGUUCAGCUUCAUGGUGGGCUGGUGUAGUCCACAGGAUGAUGAAUAUGUUCUUAUGGGUGAACACAUCAGCCACAAAGCUAGAGGAUUAUACUAUGUGAAAACUAAACCAGAUCCCCCAUAUUCUUUGGGGCCACCAGAACAUUUGAAGAAGAAAGUGCUGCAGUAUCUGACAAAAAAGAAACAAAAUAGAUAACACAAACACAAACGGAUUCUGGUCGAAUCUGUUCCAAGAUAAAUACCUAUAUAUGUAUUGAGGUAUUCAAUUCGGUUUUCAUGAAGAGAGUCAUUAUACAGUGUGUCCAUUUAGUGCGUAAUUGAAGGAAAAACUUCUUCAGUUACUCAAGUUGCUUAUUUCAAAAAUAUUUUCAACAUUACUGGGUGUUUUAUAAAAGCGGGAUGACUCGGAGACGAGUUUUUUCAAAUGGAACACCCAUUAUUGUUUAUUCGGAAUUUAUUCCGCUGAGGUUUACCUUCACAUCGCUGUAAAAAAAGAUUGAAAUCGGUUACGGCGUUGCCAAGUUAUAAUUGAUAAAUC